AUGGACAAGGCACAACAACCCAGCUCGUUCCAGCAGCUGGAAAAGCUCGGAGAAGGCACCUACGCCACCGUGUUCAAAGGACGGAAUCGUCAGACCGGUGAACUGGUCGCUUUGAAAGAAAUCCAUCUCGAUUCGGAGGAAGGGACACCGUCGACCGCCAUCCGUGAGAUCUCGUUGAUGAAAGAGCUCAAACACGAGAGCAUUGUCUCGCUUCACGAUGUGAUUCACACGGAGAACAAGCUGAUGCUUGUUUUUGAAUUUAUGGAUAAGGACCUGAAGAAAUACAUGGACACCCGGAGCGAGCGUGGGCAGCUGGAUCCUGCUACGAUCAAGUCGUUCAUGCACCAGCUUCUCAAGGGUAUUGCGUUCUGCCACGAGAACCGUGUUCUCCACCGCGAUCUGAAGCCUCAGAACCUUUUGAUCAACAAGAAGGGCCAGCUUAAGCUAGGAGAUUUUGGUCUGGCCCGUGCCUUUGGUAUCCCCGUCAACACCUUCUCGAAUGAAGUCGUGACUCUAUGGUACCGAGCCCCGGACGUCCUCCUAGGAAGUCGGACAUACAACACAAGUAUCGACAUCUGGUCCGCGGGUUGUAUCAUGGCGGAGAUGUACACGGGACGACCUUUGUUCCCCGGUACGACCAAUGAGGAUCAACUGCAGAAGAUCUUCCGUCUCAUGGGGACACCAUCAGAGCGCUCAUGGCUGGGUAUCUCGCAGCUUCCGGAGUACAAGCCGAAUUUCCACGUGUGGCCAACGCAGGACCUGGGGCUCAUUCUCCCACAGAUUGACCCCCUUGGUUUGGAUUUGCUGAACCGCAUGCUUCAGCUACGACCGGAGAUGCGCAUCAGUGCAGCCGAUGCCCUGCAGCACCCUUGGUUCCAUGACCUUCCUCAACUACAGGCGCAGUUGCAGCAACAGCAACAACACCAGCAGCAGAUGGCUGGUGCGUACGGAGGAAUGGUGGCACCGCAGCAGGCAUACUAG